CUGCACCCCGAGAUAACGUGUACUUUCUCUCAGUUUCUCCCACUUCGAAUUCACAACGAAUUAUUGAAUCUUACAAAUUACUGACGAUAUGCUUUUUUACGUUGUAGAUCGGCUAUAAGAUUUGGGUUUCCUUACGAGCAAUGUCUACUGUUGAGUUGCAUUAAUUGGCGUACCAUAUGGUCGUAUGGGGUAGAUUAGCAGAUUAUCGUCAACAUCGUCGUCGAUGACAGAUGCUGAACACUCCCUCCCCAGGAUCAAACGAGGACCAUGAAUUAAUUCUACAGAAUUGACUAGCAACCACGUCAUUGUUUUUGAAAUCCCCCUUCAUGUCUGGCAGCAACCAAGGAAUACUUAUGUGUAGCGAUUUAUACUCAUUGUAUAGUGUUGUUUAGUUUAAUUUUCCAAAAAUAUUCAUCACUAUAUUGUUCAAUCUUUGACAUAUCACAAGAAAUUUGAGGAGAGCCCGUCUUGAACUUCAACCAGAAAGAUUUUUCCAUGACGAAUAGCUCGGCAACCCGAAUCGAGAAAAAGGACAGAGCAAUGGCGCCACACAAACAGGGGCCCUUGGGGUCCAGGCAUGAUGGGAAGGGGCCCCUGCUUCCGCCUUACCCUGGCCCUGUCUUCAGUCCCUGGCUGGACCCCGACCCAGCCAUCUCCACGGACCCGCCCCCUCCCACAGUGAUUGUGACCCAGGCAAAGCCGUCGCUGCGCCGGAUCAAGGGCCGAAUUAACCGGAGCAGGAGCCUGGACAGCAUUGACCUGCUGGAUUGCAAUAGUGCAGCGAUGGAGGAGACGGUAAUAUGGGAGCAGCACACAGUGACGCUUCACAGGGCCCCAGGCUUCGGGUUUGGUAUCGCCAUUUCCGGAGGUCGGGACAACCCUCACUUUCAGAGUGGAGAGACCUCCAUCGUCAUCUCCGACGUCCUGAAAGGAGGCCCAGCCGAGGGCCUCUUGCAGGAGAAUGACAGAGUUGUGAUGGUCAAUGCUGUCUCCAUGGACAAUGUGGAUCAUGCUUAUGCUGUGCAACAGCUGCGAAAGAGUGGAAAGAGUGCCAAAAUUACGAUCAGGCGCAAGCGGAAGGUGCAGAUUCCGGUGGCGCGGCACGGGGAGAGGGAGACCAUGUCCGAGCAGGAGGAUGAGGAGGAUAGCUGCGAGGAUGAGAUGUACGAGAGACGUGCGGAUUCCGGCGCCUACGCUGGGGCGGCUGCAGGGGCGACGGCGGCAACAGUGGGGACCACCGGCAGCCGGCGGGGUGAACGCAGCCUCAGCCGGCGGGACCGGAGUGCAUCACGAGAGAGGAGCCUCUCGCCGCGCUCAGACCGCCGCUCCCAGUCCUCAAACCAGGCCGUGCGUCCCGCCAGGGUGACCCUCGUCAAGUCCCGUAAGAAUGAAGAAUAUGGUCUACGCCUGGCCAGUCACAUAUUCGUGAAGGACAUCUCUCCUGAGAGCCUGGCAGCACGGGACGGCAACAUCCAGGAGGGCGACGUGGUGCUGAAGAUUAAUGGAACAGUGACCGAAAACCUGUCCCUCAUAGAUGCUAAGAAGCUUAUCGAGAGGUCAAAGGGCAAGCUGAAAAUGGUGGUGCAGAGGGAUGAGAGGGGGACUCUGCUUAACAUCCCUGCUGUGGACGACAGCAUCCCAUCUGGCAAUGCGUCUGACAGAGACGAUAUCUCAGAAAUUCAUUCCCUGACAUCAGACCAUUCCAACCACGACCGAAACCGCAGCGCUCGCUCGCGCUCCCCCGACCGGCGCUCCGAGCCCUCCGAGUUGUCCAGGCAUUCCCCUCAGCUGGUCAGCAACGGCAGCCACAGGAGUCGUGAGGAGGAGCGGGUUUCCAAGCCGGGGGCCGUGUCGACGCCUGUCAAGUCGGCCGAGGAGGUUCCCAUAACUGACCAACCAGUGCCCGUUGACGAAAAACUGAUGCCCCCGCUGCCAGAGCCCAAGCCAGUGUACGCCCAGCCAGGGCAGCCUGAUGUGGACCUGCCCGUCAGCCCCUCCGAUGCCCCUGUACCCAGCGCCGCUCACGACGACAGCAUCCUCAGGCCAAGCAUGAAGCUGGUGAAGUUUAAGAAAGGGGAGAGUGUGGGUCUGCGCCUGGCCGGGGGCAACGAUGUGGGCAUCUUUGUCGCCGGCGUGCUGGAGGACAGCCCCGCUGCCAAGGAGGGCCUGGAGGAGGGGGAUCAGAUUCUCAGGGUAAAUAAUGUUGAUUUCGCCAACAUCAUCCGAGAGGAAGCGGUGCUCUUCCUCCUUGAUCUUCCAAAGGGUGAAGAAAUCACUAUUCUGGCCCAGAAGAAGAAAGACGUAUACAGACGCAUUGUGGAGUCGGACGUUGGUGACUCGUUCUACAUCCGCACCCACUUUGAGUAUGAGAAAGAGUCCCCCUAUGGGCUGAGCUUCAACAAGGGCGAGGUCUUCCGUGUGGUGGACACCCUCUACAACGGCAAGCUGGGCUCCUGGCUGGCCAUCCGCAUCGGCAAGAACCACCAGGAGGUGGAGAGGGGCAUCAUCCCCAACAAGAACAGGGCAGAGCAGCUAUCCAGUGUGCAGUACACUCUCCCCAAAACCGCAGGGGGCGACCGUGCGGAUUUCUGGAGAUUCCGUGGCCUGCGCAGCUCUAAGCGCAACCUGCGGAAGAGCCGGGAGGACCUGUCAGCCCAGCCUGUCCAGACCAAGUUCCCCGCGUAUGAGAGAGUGGUGCUGAGGGAAGCUGGGUUCCUCCGGCCUGUGGUGAUCUUCGGGCCCAUCGCCGAUGUUGCUCGGGAGAGACUGGCUAGGGAAGAGCCGGAUGUCUUUGACCUGGCGAAGAGCGAGCCCAGAGAUGCAGGAACGGACUCGCGCAGCUCUGGAAUCAUCCGCCUGCACACCAUCAAGCAGAUCAUUGACCGGGAUAAACACGCAGUGCUGGACAUCACGCCUAAUGCGGUGGACCGCUUGAACUACGCACAGUGGUACCCCAUCGUGGUCUUCCUGAACCCCGACAGCAAGCAGGGCGUGAAGAACAUGAGGACGCGCUUGUGCCCCGAGUCCAGGAAGAGCGCCAGGAAGCUGUACGAGCGGGCGCUCAAGCUGAGGAAGAACAACCAGCACCUCUUCACCAGCACCAUCAACAUGAACAGCAUGAAUGAAGGCUGGUACGGCGCCCUCAAGGACACCAUCCAGCAGCAGCAGAACCAGCUGGUCUGGGUGUCAGAGGGCAAGGCGGAUGGUGCCCCCGACGAUGACCUGGACCUCCACGACGACCGGCUGUCCUACCUGUCGGCGCCGGGCAGCGAGUACUCCAUGUACAGCACGGACAGCCGGCACACUUCCGAUUACGAGGACACGGACACGGAGGGGGGCGCCUACACGGACCAGGAGCUGGACGAAACGCUCAAUGACGAGGUGGGCCUUCCCAGCGAGCCUGCCAUCACCCGCUCGUCAGAGCCCGUGACAGAAGAUCCGCCCGUAAUCCAGGAGCCUCCCGGAUACGCCGGGUACCAGCACACUGUGCAGCCCGAGCCUCUGGACCGGAUAGAACCCGCCGGAUUCAAGACGCCGGCGGCUCAGCAGAAAGCAGAGGCUGCUCCCGCCAUGCCUUGCCUCCCCCAGCAGCCUGAGCCCAUGGCUGUGACAGCGCCCCCUGCUGUCGAGAACAACCCUGUACAUGUAGCUGGUUUGAACCUUGAGGAGCCCCCUCCAGCUGCCCCGAGCAGCCACAGCCCCCAGGCUGCCCUGCUUAGGAGGCCCACCCCUGACCUAGCUCAGCCCCCGACACUCGACCCCAACCAAUCCGGACUGCCCAAUUCAGAACCAAAGAUGUACAAGAAGGAUCUCUACGGCCUGGAGGAGCCGGUGCGGCUGAACCAGGGACCCAAGCAGUCCCAGCCGCAGCCUGCGGGGCCCCCCCCUGCCAGCUAUGAGUCCCAGCCGCUGUACCAGGACAAACAGCCAUACCGCGAUUAUGAUUCUUACCGCUACGAAGGGGGAGGUUACCUGGAGCCCAAGGGGCGUGGCUUCGACUCGCUGGAGAACCGCACGCCGGCCUACAGUGAACAGUGGCCCCCCUACGAGCAGCAGCAGCCUGGACCCCAGAUGCCCGGUUACGCGGCGACCCGCCGGCCCCAGGAGAACCAGCACCCCGCUGGCUACGAGCCACGCCGGCCGUACGAGGACAGACCUGACAGGGACUUCAGCCCCACGCGGCCGCGCUAUGAGGAACCCCCGCUGGGCUAUGACGGCCAGACGCACUAUGAGCCCUUCACCAAGGGCCAGACGGGCCCCGCACGCUACGACGAGCCCCCCCAGAGGCCCCUCCCAUCCUACGAUGCGCGCCCUCACUUCGAAGCCGAGCCUUACGCCUUCCCCCCCCCUGCCUCGCUCUCUCCGGAGCCCCCCAAGUCCUACGGAGAACCGGCCACACGGCAGCCCUACAGUCAGGGCCCCCUGACCCCUGGCUACAAACCGGGCCAGUUUGAACCCACUCUGAACUCGGACGCUGCCAUGACCCCCCCGAAACCAGAGGCCCAGACCCCCCAAGGGGAGCCAGUCAUCACCACAGCCCCCAAGCCACUGCCGCCCCCCCCCAGAGAGAACCUGGAGGAUGACCCUGCCAUGAAACCCCAGUCUGUCCUCACCAGGGUCAAGAUGUUUGAGAAUAAGCGCUCUGUGUCUGUGGACCGGGCCAAAGAGGCGAGCGACCCGGCAGGCCUCAGGCUUGGGGACAUGCCCUCCAAAUCCAUCAUGGCUCCCGGCUCUGUCCCCAAAGCGAACUCCCUCAGCCACCUAGACCAAGAAAAGACCAACCACAGAGCCCCCGAGCCGCAGAAACCUCAGCCCAAGCCUGCUGACGAACUUGUGCGCGCCAACAGCUACGACCCCGACGAGGAUGAGGAGUACUACAGGAAGCAGCUGUCCUUCUUCGACCGGCGCAGCUUUGACAACAAGGCCCCGCCCCCAGCGGCCCCCGCCACCAAUCGUCUGCCAGAACUUAGCAAGCCUGCGCAGCUGCUCACGCAGCAGCCUUACGGAUACCCCAGGGUGGAUCCUGUGGAGAAGCUGAGCCCUGCUGAGAAGAGAUACGAACCUGCAGCUGCAUCCAGCCCAGCUUCCGCACCCCCCACACUCCCCAAACCAAUCCCCCCUGAACUGAACCCCCCCGGAUCUCCUAAAGCUAAGCCUGAGCUGACAGGCCUGAGACCUGUUAACCGUGAAGACACGGUCCAGACCACCUUCCUGCCCCAGAAGAGCUUCCCAGAGAGAUCCCCAGUGAAUGGCACAGAACAGGCAUCCAAGCCAACAACCAACUACAACCGCUACGUCCCCAAGCCAUACACGACCUCCGCCCGGCCCUUCGAGCGCAAGUUCGAGAGUCCCAAGUUCAAUCACAACCUGCUGCCCAGUGAAACACAGCCCAAGGUAGAGCUUGCCCCGAAGGGUCCGGGGCUGACCAACAGCAUCACCAAGCCCCCGGGCUCAAUCCAGCCAGCCGACCAGGACAGCGGCCUGGACACCUUCCCACGCACCAUGGACAACAGGCCUAAGUACCAGCAGAACAACAUCAACGCCGUGCCCAAGGCUAUCCCUGUCAGCCCCAGUGCACUGGAGGAUGAUGAUGAUGAUGAGGGACACACGGUGGUGGCCACGGCACGGGGCAUCUUCAAUAGCAAUGGCGGAGUGUUGAGCUCUAUCGAGACGGGGGUCAGCAUCAUUAUACCCCAGGGUGCCAUCCCUGAGGGUGUGGAGCAGGAGAUCUAUUUCAAAGUCUGCAGGGACAACAGCAUCCUGCCACCUCUCGACAAGGAGAAAGGCGAGACCCUGCUCAGCCCGCUGGUGAUGUGUGGCCCUCAUGGCCUCAAGUUCCUGAAGCCCGUGGAGCUCCGUUUACCUCACUGUGCGUCCAUGACCCCCGACGGUUGGUCUUUUGCUCUAAAAUCCUCCGACUCCUCGUCGGGUGACCCCAAGAGCUGGCAGAACAAGUCGCUCCCAGGAGAUCCCAACUACCUGGUGGGAGCCAACUGCGUGUCUGUGCUCAUCGACCACUUCUGAGGGGCAUGCAGCUGGCCUGCAGCACAAGCGAGAAGCGGGGACUAGCUGGGCAGCUCCCCUCACAGGAGGGGGCGGGGGGGCACAUGGCUGCCCACCCAAGAAGUAUUAACCCCUUGUGCCCUGGUCGUUUACUGUAACUGCAAAGCAUAAGAAAGAUGGACACUGUCCUCUUAAGUGCUGUUCUGUUUGCGUUUUCUUUUCCAUUUUUAGGUGCUUAAAGGCUUUCGAAAACACAAACUCUUAAACUGUUGUUGGAAUGCAUGCCCAGUGCCACUUACUGAUGAAACACAAUUAAAGCCAAGUUUCCUAGUCUCUACUUCAGAAGGAGGAAAAAACACUCUUUGGAGGAUUUUCCACAAAUGAGAAGCAUAUUGAAAGAUGAGCGGGUGUGUGGAUGUCUGUGAUGGUGUGUGUGUGGCUCAGUGUAUGUGUGUCUGUGUCAGCACACUGACAGACAGUGGAAAUUGCAGUAGCAGCAGAGGUAAAUGACAGUGAUGCACAGAGACUGUAUUCAUGAAUGGCUGUUGGAUGGACAGGUGUGCGUUGUUGGCUUUGCUGAGGCGUGGUGAGCUCAUGAUAGAGAGGUGAACUGAAGGUGUGAUUUCCUGAACCAGCUUGUAUCUGUAACGGCCGCACUCUCCUGCUCCAUUUUAAGUUAUAUAUUUUUGACACUUCUACCAUUUUCAUUUUUUUUUAAGCAUCAGACCUCUCCCACUGUUUCCAUCUCUGCUGUGCUGGGCUCCGGUUCCACUUGCCAGUCUGCUCUGUCUGUCACCCAGCCAGUCUCACACCACCACGAGCAGCGAUGCCUCGUCCACAUCUCUAUUACGCUCAGACCUUAGCUUUCUGUUUAAGUUCUCAGAAAUGACGACAUGAGGGCGUCUUCACCACGCCGCCCACCCGCCAUGUAAGCGAACCUCGAUUCUGCACACGACUGCAAUCGGGGAUGAAGGAAAAGGUUUUGCUUUUUUCUCCUAUGCACAUGAAGUGGUGAACGGAGAAGAGAGAACUUUUAACAGCGUGAAGGUGUGGCUGUAUAUAAUGCUAGCAUAUGGCAUCCGGUCAUGGUUUGUAAAUGAACUUUUUGUAUGUCUGUUAUUUUGUAUAAAACUGAACUUAAAAAAAGGUUUCUAAAAAAAAAUAUAUAUAAUAACGGUUCUCUUUGUAUUCUGAACUUUGAGCCUUGGAACUUGCAACUUAGCAGUAAGGACCCAACUUUUCUACAAAUAUCUAUAUAUAUAUAUACACACUGCAUAUAAACAUUUUUAUUGGUCACAAAACCUUUUUAUGCUUAUUUACAAAAUAAAACUGUGCUUGGUUGAAAUAAUUUAAAAAUCUGUACUUUAAAGGGUCCGCUUUGGAAAAACGUGUGCCCUUCUUUUUUUGUGAUACUGGAUGCUGUAUAGUGUGCCCUGAAAAUGUAUUUUUGUACUAAUAGACAAUUUAUUACGGCACAUUACUAUUUUCUUUAGAUAUAACACUGCUUAAGUUGGAUAUUAGCUUUUCUUCAUGUGUGGUAAUUUUUCUCUUUUUCGCUUUAGUUUUUCUUUGCAGCACAUUUCUACGUGUAUCACUGUAUCAAUUAAUAAAUCAUUUUUAAAGUAACAAAA